AUGAUGCUCAAUCUGCCUUCUCCUAAAAGACUUCGUAGCUACCUAAAGACCUAUACUUCAGAACCUCAUGUCGCCGGAACAUUAUCCGAUAAGCGCCAAGCAGAAUGGACGCGUCAAAAGUUUAAUGAGUUUGGUAUUCCAGACUCAAAGAUCGUAACGUACUAUCCAUUGCUCAACUACCCUGUAUCUCGCCGUUUGGAGAUUGUAUCCGGACCUGAGGAGUUACGUUAUGUAGCCAAGCUCAAGGAAGACAGAAUAGAAGAGGAUCCAUCAAGCGAAAAUCCUGACAUUGUACCAUUGUUUCAUGGAUAUUCCAAAAACGGAACGGCAAGAGGUCCUGUUGUUUAUGCCAACUAUGGUCGAUUGGAAGAUUUCCAGUUUUUGGUUGAUCAAGGUGUUCAAGUGAAUGGAAGUAUUGCCUUGGUACGAUACGGACCCACUGUCCGUGGUUUGAAAAUCAAAGCUGCUGAGAAGUACGGCUGUGUCGGUGUCUUGAUCUUUUCAGAUCCUAUGGAUGAUGGUCCCAUCGGCAAGGAAAACGAAGGUGCUCCCGCAGAAUCUUAUCCUAAUGGCCCUUGGAGGGCCCCAAGUUCCGCGCAGCGUGGAUCUGUUAGCUAUAUUGCAUUAGGUAUUGGUGAUCCUUUGACACCUGGUUACGCAGCCACAGAAAAUGCCACCCGUAUUCCAAUGGAAGAAUCGCCCAUGCUGCCUAAAAUUCCAUCACUUCCAUUGUCCUGGGAAGACGCUUUGCCUCUUCUUAAAGCUACAGAGGGCCAUGGUGUCUUUGGUGAAUUCGACUGGGUUGGUGGCUUGGAGGGUGUACAGUACUACAGUGGUCCCAGUGAAGGCAUUGUUGAGAUGGAGAAUAUUGUAAAGUACAACGUAACGCCCAUUUGGAAUGUUAUUGGACGUAUCGAAGGUUCUGUUGAACCACACCGAUCCGUUAUUAUUGGAAAUCACCGCGAUGCUUGGGUGUACGGCGCAGUAGACCCUUCAUCUGGAUCUGCUGCCUUGCUUGAAGUCGCCCGCGUGUUGGGUCAAAUGUUACAAACUGGAUGGAGGCCACGUCGUACUAUCAUUUUGGCUUCAUGGGAUGCAGAAGAAUAUGGUCUUAUUGGUUCUACUGAAUGGGUUGAAGAAAAUGUUGAAUGGCUUAAGGAAGAAGCUGCAGCCUACAUUAACUGUGAUUCUGCUGUUGCUGGUCCUUUCUUUACCCCAGGCGCUACCCCUUCUUUAAACAAGCUCUUGUAUGAAGUGACCAGUUUGAUUCCUGAUCCACGCACAGGAAAAUCUGUAUACGAUGCAUGGCUCGAGAGAUCUAAGGCUACCAAUGGUCCUGUUGAGAAGCCUACCGUUGGUGUGCUCGGGUCCGGUUCUGAUUUCACUGCCUUCUUGGAUCAUGUUGGUAUUCCGUCUAUUGAUAUGUCGUUUGAUGGAAACUAUGGAGUAUAUCAUAGUGUAUACGACAGUUUUCACUAUAUGGAGAAAUUUGGUGACCCUACAUUUGAAUAUCAUGCUGCCAUGACAAAAAUCUUUGGAUUGUUAGCCUUGCGUUUAGCUGAUGAUCUCGUUUUGCCUAUGCAUCCAAUAGACUACUCUACUGAGCUUCAGAGCUAUGUUCACAAGUUACACGCAUACACAGCUCCUCACACAUUCCCUACGCUUAAAAAGUCAGUUCAUACUCUAUUAAAGACUGCUGCUGCCUUUGAAACCAGCAUGGCUCAAUUGAACGAAAAGCUCAAGAAAUUCAACCAGGACGAUGACAAGAAAUUGGCUGCCAAAUGGUCAAAGCGUGUAGAAAAGAUGAACCAACGAUUAGUCCAGUUUGAACGAAGCUUUAUUGACGCUGAUGGUAUUGCUGGUCGUGAAUGGUUCAAACAUGUGGUCUAUGCUCCUGGAUUAUGGACAGGCUACUCUGGUCAAGUAUUCCCUGCUAUUUCUGAAGCAUUUGAUGACAAGAAUAUGUCUUUAGCCCGUCGCGCUGAAAGCAAAGCUGCCAAAUGUGUUCAAAAGGCUCAGGAAGCACUUUUAUAA